AGUCUCCUCCUUCGCCGCCUCCCGGUUCCGCAGUCACUUCCUGCAGCUGUUUCCCUGUGGGUCCGGCUGGACUGACUUUUGACAGUCAGCCUUCAGCUGCGGCGGGGGCUCGGCCGGGGCCAGCCGGGAAAGUUGCGCGGAGCGAGACAGAGUUGAGUCAGGCCGAGCCGAGAGCGCGGGGCAGACGGCGGCGGGCGCCCCGGGUGGACGCGGCGCCCAGACUCCUGGCGCGGCCGGAGGGUUCCGAUUUGAAGAUUUGAGUUCUCAUCGCCCAUCGGAUUAUGCCCAAGACUUUCCUACCCAAUGAUCCUCUUGCAACACGCCGGCCUUCCUCUGCCUAAGCGGCCCUCAUCCUCUCCUCCUAUGUCAGUGGCUGCCCGGUCUGCAGGAACUUUGCAGCUUCCGCCACAGAAGCCUUUUGGGCAGGAGGCUUCUUUGCCUCUGGCCGGGGAAGUAGAGUUACCGAAGGGAGGGGAGCAAGACUCUGCCCUGGAGGAGCUGUGUAAGCCCCUGUACUGCAAACUCUGCAAUGUCACCUUGAACUCUGCGCAGCAAGCCCAGGCUCAUUAUCAGGGUAAAAAUCAUGGUAAGAAACUCCGAAAUUACUAUGCAGCCAACAGCUGUCCUCCUCCUGCCAGAAUGAGCAAUGUGGUGGAACCUGUGGCUACUCCAGCUGUUCCCGUCCCUCCGCAGAUGGGCUCCUUUAAGCCUGGAGGCAGAGUGAUCCUGGCCACGGAGAAUGAUUACUGUAAGCUUUGUGAUGCCUCCUUUAGUUCUCCGGCUGUGGCUCAGGCUCACUAUCAAGGGAAGAAUCACGCCAAGAGGCUGCGGCUGGCGGAAGCUCAGAGUAACUCAUUCUCGGAGUCCUCAGAGGCCGGUCAGCGGCGGACCCGGAAAGAAGGGAAUGAGUAUAAGAUGAUGCCUAAUAGGAGGAAUAUGUAUACAGUACAGAAUAAUUCAGCAGGUCCUUACUUCAAUCCCCGCUCUCGGCAGAGAAUUCCACGUGAUCUGGCCAUGUGUGUUACCCCAAGUGGCCAGUUUUACUGCUCCAUGUGUAAUGUUGGGGCUGGUGAGGAGAUGGAGUUCCGGCAGCAUUUAGAGAGCAAGCAACAUAAAAGCAAGGUGUCUGAACAGCGGUACAGAAAUGAGAUGGAGAAUCUGGGAUAUGUAUAGUGGUUGUUGUAUUCAGAUAGAGCAGCUUUUCCUGCCUGUUGUUUGCCUUCUGUCAACAUGCCCUGCUUUUGUGGUCCUUUUGAUCUGAGUAUAUUCCUCUGCUUAAUGUUAAUACGUGUAACCUGCAGUGGUGUACCAUGAGCUAUCAAGACUGGGGAAGGAAAAGAAUGUGCUUCUUAGGUCAUGAUGCGUUUUCAGGUCAGUUGUGUUGAGCUACUUAGAGCAUGUGACCUACCUACCCCACGAGAAAUAACUUUUUAUCUUGACCAAGUUCUGGUCAACUAGUAGCCUGAUCACUUAGAGCUUUAACUAUUUAAAAAUUUAAAAUUUUCACCUUCUUUUGCAGUUUUAGUUUUACGUACUGUUAAGUAAAGAAUUUUAUUGAGUUCUUACUUCAGAUAAUGGUAAAAACAGGUAAGCAGAGAUUCUGGUUUCCCAAGGUUUCUUUGGAACCACCUCAACACAAUGCCUUGCCAGUAGGAUAUAUGAAUAUAAACCGGAUUAGGGUCUUUCCCAGGACAAUGUUUUCCCCUUGUCUUCCCAUUGUUGAUUGAAUAUAGAUUUUCUUGGAUUUAUACACUUCCAGUGUGCUUGUAGACUUCCCAACUGUGAAAUUUCAUUUCCACUUGUGGAUUUUACACAUUUAAAUGCCAUCUUCUUCCUUCCUUCCCCCUUCCCCCACCCCACCUCAGUUGAAUUAGCUUGUUUAAUGAGCUCAUUUUCAUGCCCCAGCUAUUUUGUGGGCUCUCCAAGCCCCCUGUUCCAAUAUUCAAUGUGUUUAAGAUAGAUAUGCUAUUUUUUUAAAAAAUAUUUUUCAGAUGGUUUUGAGAAAUGUAAAGAUGUGUUUGAUUUUUUGAUUUAGAGUUAUUCACUGGUAAUAAUCUACUUAUAUGACAAUCUCGAUUGUUAAGUUCAGAUCUCUUGAUAUUUGUUUUGGGAGACUUUUUCGAUAAACUGAUCCUUAUGGUUUACUUAUGUUCUUUCCUGUCUUACCCGUUGGUUGGCUACCCUGAAAAAUACUACUACCUUAUUAUUUUAUAGAUAGAGAGGAUUAAAAAAAAAGUUAACCAAAUUUUAGUUUCAUAAUAUCCAGUAGUAAAAUACAUGAACUUCAGUUCUUUGUAAUUCAGCUUCCUUAAAGGUUGUGGAGAUACAUUAUGGAUUACUUUGGUAUCUGAUCAUUUUAACAGUAUUAUUAUUUGGUUUUGGUUUUUAAAAUAAGAAGCUCUAGUGUAUGGCUAGAUAAACUAAUGGAGUACUCUAUGAACUUUAAUUAGUUGUAUUUUAUCUACUUACUGUAUUUACAUGGAUAAGACUGGUGCUCAUCCAUACUUUUUUUUAGAAGGCCACAUUCACCAGGAAGUUUAUAAUGAGCAGUAUCUUUGCACUAUGGUCAAUUCACAUUUGAUUGCUUUAAUUAAUAAUUAAAAAUAAAACUCCUAUUUUUCCUUGAGAAUUCUAUAGGCAAAGAGAUGGGGAGAAGGAAAUUACAAUCAUCAUUCCUUGCCUUUAAUCCUUAUGAACAAUUUUUGAGCAAUGUAGAUCUGUAUUUAAAAUUCAGUUUUGGGAUAACCACUGGUACAAUUAUCAACUUGUUCUUCUGUUGAAGUGGUGGUUUUUUGAAAAAUAGAAUUGUUUAGUACAUUUUUUUCCCUCCCAGAAACAGGAGAAUGAAAUAACAUUAUUGAGAUUCUAUCUAGACCUGUGACUCUGAGCAUAAUAAUCCUUUUAUACAAUUGAUUAGUUUAGACCAAUUUAGAACUUAUUUUAUUGGUCAGUAGGUUACUCAUAUUGCUGCUAAGUAUCAUUUUUGGGUAGAAUUUAAUAUUAUAGUGCUGGCCACUUAGUUCUUUAAUUAUUUAAAAACUUUAUUUUCCUCCCUUUCUCUGUAUGUCUGUGUACAUAUAGACAUACAUACAUAUAUGUAUGUGUAUAUAAGUACAUAUAUACACACAUACAUAUAUAUUUAUGUGAUACCAUAGAGAAGAUUUCAUUGGAUCCUUAUUUCAGGUAAUAGUAGAAGAUCGUGGAUAAGAAUUUACAAUUUGUAAAAGUGGCAUUUAUCCACUUUCAGUUUUUCCUUUGCAAAUAAAAUUGAAGGAUUUUCCCCACUCUCCCCACUUAAUAAUUUCAUUACAUAUAUACAAAAAGCAGUGGACUUAAAGGCCUUGAUGUCUUUCCUGGCCUUGCAUAUUCAGGUUUCCAGUCUCCCAGUGCCCUUAAUGGAUGUUAUGAAUGCAUAAACGCAUUUUCUUUAAAGAAAAAAGUUAGAUUUAUAGUGUUAUUUCUUACUUGCUCUGUUUCUUUGCACUAAAGAAGAGCUAUGUGUUUGUUUUAUAUGACACUUUAGAUACCAUAUUGCCUACAAUAACUCGGUUUGCUCCUUAAUUUCCAAACUGUAGGAAGUUGAUAACUUCCAUGAUCAUUUAUAGAGGUUACCUACACAUCCAAAAAAAGAGAAAAUCACAGAUCUCUAUGACAGUGGAUUGUUUUGGGGUUGUUACCUUGCAACAUUCUCCUGUGCUCCAUAGGUGAAGCAAAGGUGACAGAGGUUGUCAAAAAGGAAAUACCUAAAUAAAUAUAUCUCUGUAUGGUACAAUUUCUCAUCUUGAUGCAUUCCUAUUAGACAGUGUUUUUUCCCUGUCAAAGAAGGCCGUCGUUACUACCACAGUCAGUGAUACGUGAUCUCUGUUGGUUUCCUUUUGUGAAGUCCAGUCCUGCUUUGUAAUCUGCUCUAGAAUCUGCACCCUGUGCUGCCCAAGAGUCAUGUUAGUAUCUUUGUAUAUGCUGUAUACAAGGACGGACAGAGGCCUAAACAGCGGAAGACCUUUAGUUGAGUCAGUAGAUUUCAGUAAUCAUCUGCAAGAAGAACUCAUAGCAUCAAAGUCUCUUUGUGAGUAUCUUUCUGUAAGUUGUCAUUUGAAGUCAAUGUUAGAAGAUAACAAUUAGAAACUCUUCUUAAGAUAUCGAGGGCAAGAAGUUGUAAAGGAAAAAUUCCAUGUUCCAAUUAAAAGAUUGGACUGCCUAUGCCUUUGAAGUGUUUUUUUCAAAAAGUUAAGCUGCAAAACAAAGUGUGCCAUGUAAAUCCUUUUGGCUCUACACUGAACAGAAAAUACUUUGUUGGUCUUGUCUUUGUAUAUCAUGUACUACAACCUGUAAAUAUGUGCAUGUUUUUUAUUACAUUUGUCUGCUUGUCUCUUAUUGCACUGAAUUCUGCAAGAUGAAUAUUUUAUACCAUUCAUUUAGAAAAAGUUCUUUCUCCAACUCUUCUUCAUUAUUUCCCCUCCUAAUGAGUUGGUAAACUUAGAAAACCAUUUAAGAUUUUUUGAAACCCUGAGAUUGAGUGAAGAAUCAUGGCCGCCUGAGACCAUCCUUAUGUUCCUCUGACUUAACACAGCUGAAGGGAAGCAUGAGAUCUUCCUUCCACCUUAUUUUACAGAAUUGAUAUGCUUGUUUAUAGCUGCUUGUCUACACUUUCAAUGAGGGGAAUGGGAAAAUACAUGUUUCGUGUUUAUAAAUAAACACGAAACAUAUAUUUGCUUUAAUCUUCCUCUGUAGAUAGAUUCUAAGGAUUAGCAGUGGGAUUUAUGAUUCCUUCACUCCUGAAUUGGGUGGGACCCUGAGCAAUGACAGUUUGAGGACUGUCCAGUGACCUGUGUAAUACAAGUCUUGCUUGUCAGGGGAGACAUGUAAUUUUGGGCAUGGUAUCCUCUACAGAGAGGCCUAGGGAUGGUGUAUUUGGAACUUGUUUUGUUUCCUUAAUAUUGGAAUGUAGACUGAAAGUGCUCUCUAAAGAACUUGGUGAGGCAUAUAUAAGACAAUAGAAUUUCUUUAGGAAUAUAAAUAUUUUGUCAAUAGAGACAAAAGUUUAAUGUAGGCUUUUGAACAAAUGCUUAAAAAAUACUCCACCUUAACAACUAUUUUUUUUUUUUUUUUUAACCAGCCAAAUUACUAUUCAGGAGUUUCAUACAUAAUAGUGUUUUGUUGUUGCUUUUGUUUUUUGGGGGUUUUUCUUUGUAGACCUCUAUCAUCAUAGUUACUAGCAGUCUUUCUGAGUGGACAAAUAGCUGUGUAAAUAGUUUCUCAUAUGACGUUUCUACUGAUAGGUGUUUGACUUUUUCUUCCCAGUGUGAAUGGGAGGGUCAUUUGUAAACUCCCUUUCUGGGUAGCUACCAAAAAGUAAAUACUGGCUUAUGGUCCCAUGUGACCCUGUCUCCAUUAAGCCCAGAAUAUGAGUGCCUUUAGCAAGUUUUAGCAUUUCACAGAGAGAAAAGAUGAUAGAAUUAUUGCCAUUAAUCACAAUUCAUAAAACAGAAGCUUGGAAUAGCGAAGGUCUGUGUGAAUUCUGCAUUCUGCAUUUUAUUUAUUUAUUUAUUUUUGGCUUAAUGAGAUUUCAAUUUGAUACUGAGUAAUACUGUUAACAUUGUUGAUAAGGAACCACACACCCUGAAAAUAAAUCCAGUUGUCCCAAGCUAACAGUAGUCAUAGAUUAUUCUUGACCUUGAUCUAUGUUGCAUUUAUAUUUAAUGAGUAGUAGUGUGGUGGAUUGGAAGGGCUUGAUUUACACUGAUGUUUGGAAAAAUUUUAUUCCAGUGCUCUUUUCAAAACUUGUCUAUUCUGUAGAGAGAAGAGAAUUACUUACUUGCAAAUGAGGUGUGUGAAGAAGAGACUAUCUUGUUCACAAUACUUACCAAUUGUGUUAGUUCAUCUCUAUGUUAAAGAAAGGAUCUUCAGAAAUUGGGUUUGAGGCCUUAAGCAAAAAUUCUCCCUUCAGUUAAUUACAAUUCUAAAUUGCCUGAGUCUUUAAAACACACUGCUAAAUUAACUUUAUUGUAGAAAUAGUAAAAUUUUCCUCAAUAUUUUAUUAUGAAAAAUUUUAAACAUACAUUGAAGUUAAAAAAUUUUUACAGUAUAUCUACCAGUAAAUUAUGCCAUUAACACUUUACUAGGUUUGAAUUACCACCUGUCUGUCUGUCCCUCUAUCCGUCCAUCCGUGGAGUUUUUAAAAAAUAUAUAUUUCAGCAUAAAUUUCAGACCAUAUUCUCCCUUAAACACUUCAGCAUAGGUGUUGUUAACUAGAGUUUAUUAUCUGUUUGAAUAUUGCUAUCUUUUAAAAAGCAGUGUAUGAAGUUGAUAACUGGAACCAAAUAACAUACAUUGUUUUCUCUUGUGGACUUUAGCCUUCUGGUUUCUGUUUUUAUGUGUGCUUAGCGUGGAGGAAAACCACUCCUUUCCAACCUCAAGUUUUCUGGUGUUGGUCAUUUUAAAUGCUUAGUUGUCACACCUUUUAAAGUUCCAUAAGAAUUUUUUCUUUAUCCCUCUUCUAUAGCGUAUUUUUGCUGAACUAUGCAGCCUCUUUAAAAUAACUGUAAAUUACGGAUUGAGGUUUAUUAAAUCACCUUAUACCUCAUUUCAUUCUAUUGCUGCUUUUCUCCAUGAAACCACAUCUCUGUCAUUACUUUCACCUGCUCUACCAGAACAUAGAGAAGUGGAGACAGUCAAACCCAUAGAUGAUUAGCUAUUUUAGACAACUCGAGAAGAACAGAUUUCACAGUUGCGAAAGUCAAAACCAUUAACUUAUCUAAAGCCUUUGAAUUCCCUGAGUGUUGUCAUUGCCCAUGCUUCCUCUAGCCAUAAUUAACAGGAUUGAAAAUGAUUGUACUGUACAAUGAGUUGUUGAAAUUGUGAGCCUUAGUAAUCAUCUUUAGCUUUACUCUAGUACUGUUUAGAAAAAAAAAAUUUUUGACAUAUGCCUUUAUUUUUAUGCCAAUUUUUUGUGGGCAAAAUCUGAAGAAUUUAAGUGACUUGCUCCAGGUAAUGAAGAUUCAAUGGAUAAGUCGGAAUUGAAACUUCACUGUUCCUGAGUCAUAUUCUUGUGCUUGUAUGAUAAGCAUCAUGGCUUCCAAGAUAACUGAACAUUCCUUUGGGGACCUUAAAAUGAAAGUAUGAUUUUUUACUAACUAAACUUUCAUUUUUAGGCAUUUCACAAUUCUUUGAAUUUGAAGAUUUUUUUUCAUGGUCAUGCUCCUCAUUAAGCCAAUGUAAUUGCUAAAAACCUCACUUCACUGUUAAUACCAACGAAUAAUGCAGGUUUUAUCAGAUUUCUUUUUGCAUUUAAAUAACCUUCAUGAUUACUCUUUUUCUAGUUAAGUGCUUAAGUGACCCCCUCACUAGUGAAAAUAAAUGUUCUAUAUCAUUGAUUCAAUGUAUAUUCUCUACAUGAUAUAUUUUUUUAAGGAAAAGUAACCCCAUAUGUCAGGAUGAGUGAUAUUCUAGGGCAAAGCACAUAUAAAGUUUAUUUCUACUCUGCAAAUCUGGCAUUUACAGGAACAAAACUCUUUUAGAGUGGCUGGUCAUUGUUUUGCCUUCUUUUGGUACUUGAGCACCUUGCUGUGGUUUUGUAAAUCAGUGUGUCAUUUUGUAAGAAUUCAUGUUGAUUCUGUGUUAAUUGGUAUUCACCUUGUGGUAUCCUCGGCUGACUGUAAUAAUUUAAUUUGGGUAUGGUGUGUCUGCUUUGAGAUGCCUUACUAGAGCAUGUCAGAUUCUGCUCUGAAGCAUUCCAUGUAUCUGCUAGGGCAAUGAGUUGCCUCUCUUGGAUGUAUGCUCUAGAUCCAGAAGCAAAACUGAUUUUGCUUUCACUGUUAAGGUUGCAUUUUUAGUGUAGUUAAUGUUUUAAAUUAGAGAAUAAAAUCACUUUAAAAAAAAAGGGAGACUCUAGAACCCUUCAUUUAAUGGCAUGGCAAAUUUUUAAAACCGCUUUUGCUAUUUCACUAGAAAAAUAUCUAGUAAAGGAUAUAGCUAAAAACCGCCAGCCAGAACUGUAUGAAAUUGGGGUUGUUUCCUAAAAUCUUUUCUAAAUGUCAUACAGGGGUUUAACAUCUGUGUGUAUUGUUGGGGCUAAGUGUCAGUCACCCACUUCGGAAAUCUGUUUGCAUUCUGGGGCGAUAAAAUGGCAAAAGUGUCAUGGGAUUAAAACCAAUCAACUGUGAAUUGUGAGAUUGAAAUUGCUUUUUUUGGUUUUAUUUUCUUCAGCAUAUUGAAAAUAGAAACCCAAAAGUUAUUUAAAAUUUACACUGCUUAUGUUGAUGGCUCAUUUUGGCUGUGUAUCCUCACUUAUGUACUGAUUUCUGAUAAAAGCUUGACAUUAUUGUAACAGGUAUUUUGUGUUCAAUUUAAUAAAACAGUUUCUGAGUCUUGUCUGCA